UCCGAGGUUUUUUCAUCCACCACAGGAUAACCUAAAACACAUACCAAAGAUGUCUCCCAAUUCCUUGCUUUUCUUUUUGCUUCUCGGAGUAGUGGUGCUUUCCACCACUCCUUCCUUGGCCGAUUUCGAUGGAAAUCCUAAACACCAGCACAAAGAGCCAUUUCACCGCCCUCGAAAACCGCCUGUAGGGCAUAAACCACCAUUUCACCAGCCUCAUUUGGUGGAAGUCUCUCAUCUCCAAGAUGCUAAACCCAAACCUUCCAAUGGAGAGAAACCACCUCAUAAACACAAACCUCCGACCCUAAAUAAUCAUGAUGAGCCAUUACCACAACACAAACCAACUAACCCAGGUGAUGAACCUCCAAAGGGUACUGGUGAAAAACCACCACCCGAGCACAAGCCAUGUGGUGAACCGCAAAAGUGUAAGGGCCAUAAACCACCAGCUGAGCACCCAAGUGGUGAUCAACCUCCAAAGGGCAAUGGUGAAAAACCUCAACCCGAACACAAACCAUUGAACCCAGGAGGUGAACCUCCAAAGGGCGACGGUGAAAAACCUCAACCCGAACACAAGCCGUUGAAACCAGGAGGUGAACCACCGAAAGGAAAGGGAGAGAAACCACCACAAGAGCAUAAGCCGAAAAACCCAGGUGGUGAACCUCCAAAGGGCACUAAUGGCGAAAAACCUCAACAGGAACACAAGCCAAAGAAUCCAGGUGAUGAACCACCAAAAGGUGAGGGAGAGAAACCACCACCCGAGCACAAGAAACCAAACCCAGGAGAGAAACCACCGAAGGGAAAAGGAGAAGAUCAACCACCACCUGAACACCAUAAACCACCUCAUAAGCCUCUUUCCGGUCGCCAUUUAUUAGGAUUUGUUACCACAAUCCACAACUCACCAAGUGUUUCAAACAUAAAACCACGACACAGUCACAAGCCUCCUCAUGAUCAUGGCGUGGGCAAGUUGCCGAGAAAGAUGAACCCUGAGGUUCUUCCUCACAAGAAACUUCAUAAACCUCCUUCUAAGAACUGAUCAAAGAAAAUGGAGAUCUAGAUGAGAUAAUUACUACGUAGAAAAUAAAAAGCUUAUAGAAGCUUUUUAAUGUUGUUGUGUGUUUUAUGAUCAGUAGCUGGUUCGUAGUAUUUUGUGUGGUAUUUGGCUUGCUUGCAUGUAGUUUUUACGAUCGAGCUUUAUAUAUGUAGUCAUGCAGUGUACUCUGUUUCAUGUAUAAAUGGCUAUUAUCUAUGAAUAUUGCCUUGGCCUUUUUGGUCAGCAUUUCUUCUCUUA